AUGUUACGUGCAGCUAGUAAAUCUGAAAGGUUAAACAUCAUAAAAAUUUUUACAAAUGAAGUAAGUACAUGUUCCCUUACCUGUGCUGUAGAUGCAAAUCCAAUGAGGACUGCUAAAAAUAAUAACCUCUCUGUGGUUGGUGGCGCUGUUGUUGGAUUACUAUGUGCAAUAUUAGUGGUGAUGUUCAUCGUUUAUAGAAUGCGCAAAAAGGAUGAAGGUUCAUACGCAGUAGGAGAUCCCAAACAAUCGCCAAACUCAAACUCGUACAGCAGAGCUACAACAAAUAAAGAAUUUUUUGCCUGA